ACACUCAUAUAAGCCAUCUGCGCCUUGAACACUCUUCUCGAUCACCAUAUAUAGCCUUAGGCAAUUACACCCUCCCUUCCUCACAAAGUCGUCACAUCUUGUACGGCACGUCACAUCCUCCACCACAGAAGUCGACACCGCAAAUAACCUUCACCGUCCGACACAUUUCAAUUCCGCUUGAAGCGUAUCCAAGCUCAUAGUAUCUAUAUACAUAUUCAUAAUAUUAAUCACGAAAAUGCCCACCGGAAUCUCACCCGAGGAAAAACGGCGCCGACAGGAGCAGGAGCGCCGUUAUCAGAAGGCCGAGAAAGAGGCUCGGGCCGCUUGGCAGCGUGGCCUUGAGAAUGAGCGAGAGGCUGCUGAGGCUCUUCAAGAAGAGAAGAAGACCCACUUGGGGAAGCGCAGGGUAUCGUUUGAUUCUUCGCGGAAUCAGACACACCUUUUAUACAGCUUUUCUCCUCAGCUUGACCCUACGCCUGCCCUCACCGAUGCCGGCAACCCCUCCGAUGAGCUGUUAAGCAAACGAUACGAAUUACUUGUCAAGGAAAUUGCAUCCUUGCGUUCCGGGUUUGCCGAGCUUGAAUUUCUCGAAAUCAAAGAGGCUGAAGAGGAGGCUCUCGCUCGAAAAAUGCAGGCGCACAAAGCGGCGUGGAAAGAGCAGGAGCAGCGUCGACAGCAGGCCGAAAAGGAGGCUCUCGAAGCCAAAGAAGCUAAGGAAAGUGUUCUUGCACUUAUACGGCGGGAGGGCGAAGCGGCGAGCAGGCAAGAUGAAGAAGAAUGGAAGGAGCAGAAGCGCCUUCGUCAGAUGGCCGAGGAGAAGGCUCUCAAAGCCGAAGAGGCUGAGAAGAAGGUACUUGCUCGUGUGAAGCAGGAGUACGAAGCCCGGAAGGAGCAGGAACGCUGUCGUCAGAUGGAGAAAGAGAAGCUAGCUUGGAAGCGUGGUCUCGAGAACGAGCGCCCAUCCACCAGCCAGGCUUAUCCAUGGAAACCAGAGCAGAGUCCCUACCCUCUGAGACCCUUGGAUCAAGAACACCCAUCGAUAGAGCAAUACCCCACCAUCGACCACUCCCAUCUGAAGCAUCAUCCGCGUGGGCAUCCGAGCCCUCGCCAGGCCCAAUCAGCAUCUUCAGUACUGGUCGGCCUUUCUGGAUUGCCUGCGGGGUCUCUCUGUUCCGACCUGGCUCCGAACAUCUCAAUGUAUGAAGAUGGGGACCGAGGCCGCUAUGUCUACUCAAAUACAUAUGGAUCAACCAAGCAAGUACCUCUACCCCACGACCAUCCCCAUUCAGCUGUGAGGCAGAGCUGGGCUACACCCCCCGCGUCUGCUUGGAGGGCACCUACAUCUGAACCGGAGAUAGCGAAGCCAAAACCAGUUAUACCAGCCAUGUGUUCUUAUCGCGGGGGAGUAGAGACCCCCAAGGAGCAGUGGCCGCUGCCGCCCACACCCGCUCACAGUGAAAAGGAGACGGAGGCUUCCACUCCAGUAGAAAAUGAAAAACAGAAGCUGGAGCGAGAAUUGAUGGAAAUCAAAAAGGAAUACGAAGAAUUGGAUAGGCUAUGCGCCGAGUUAGAGAGAAAGAGGCGAACCAAUAGCGCGAGCAGUAUAGCAUCAUGGCAGACAGGGUACAAUUCUAUCAGGGAGGACCCAACGAAGGCCCCUUCUAAGGACGUCGCGACGGGUCGCCAACCUGAAACUCGCCAAUCGCGCUGGAAGCGCGGCACGGAGCGCUCCAACCAAGAAUCAAGUAUAGACCAUAAUGACCGAAGCCUUAGCCGCACCACCACCUAUACUCGAUUCUCUGAAGCGCAGGGAUAUGACUUGAGUGACGAGGAGCGCAAGCCGAAACUUUCAAAGGCCCAUGCUCGUGCCAAGUUACUCAAACUCGAGCUCUCAGUGGGGAUGAACCCUUCCUACGUACCACCGACUCCCUAUUGGCAUCCGUCACCCUCUCCCAGCCCUUCUCUGACGCCCCCUAAACACUCGGAUGCUCCCGGCCCUGCUGUGCCUGGACUAUCUACAUCGGCAUCCACUAAGGCAAGCAAUGACCACUGGGGAGACCAUAAGACGCCGAUGCCCCCGGGUAACUGGCGCAAAGAUUCUUUCGAGAACCUCCGCGGGCAUCUUAAGAAUUGAUAAGGGCAAGGCGGAGGCUUAGCAUCAGGAGCUGAUAGGGGACUAUGUGGAAUGAGCGCUAGAUUGUGAGGAACGGCUGAGGUCGGGGACUGGAGUUUAGGUUUUGCAGUGACCAGAUG